GGCGCGGAAUGAACCGGAAGCCUCUGCGGACACGGCGCGGGAGGGCGGGCGCGCCGGGGCCGAGCUGCCCGGGACCGCCGAGCUGGCACUGGAGGCAGGGAGGCCGCAGCACCGCCGCUGCGCGCAGACGUGGCGCCUCCGCCCGCGCGUCCCGGGAGCUGCGCCGGCCUCCCCGCCGACCGCGGUGCAGGUAACCGUCGCGCGCGCCCGAGGCUGCCCGGCGAGGCUCGGCGGCCUCCACGACUCUGCAGUAUCGCAGAAGCUCCUAGCGGAGCAGGGGCGUCGCGUGCAGGAUCUCACGCUUUGGCUUAGGAUCUUGCAAAGUUGCUGAGGCUGGCCUCCCAACUUGCAAUCCUCCUGCCGCAGCCUCCAGAGUCACCGAGAGGAGGAGCGAGACCCGCCACGCCGGCUUGUCUGCCUUUCUGACAGAGCGUUGGAACGAGUCUGAGCCCCGGGCUUGCGCGUCCUCCUCCGAGGGGUGGCCGUGGUCCUGAGGUUCCCCUGGGGCCGGUACCGAGGGAGCCAAGGACACAGAAGGUGCCUGGGAGAACAUGCCGCGGCCGGCGCAUCGCUGGCGCUGCUUGGCCCUGGCCCUGGCCCUGGGUCUGCUGUUGGGAGUGGGGCCUUCCACCUGCAGAGACGCGUCCGGCUGGCGGCCCAACCUCCUGCUCCUGAUGGCGGACGACCUUGGCAUUGGGGACCUCGGCUGCUACGGCAACAAGACCCUGAGGACGCCGAAUAUCGACCGGCUGGCGGAGGAGGGCGUGAGGCUGACGCAGCACAUCGCGGCCGCCUCCGUGUGCACCCCGAGCAGGGCGGCUUUCCUGACCGGCAGGUACCCGAUCCGCUCAGCUCUGCGUCUCUAUCCACCCACCUGUGCGUCCAUCCAUCAUGUGUCUGUAUAUCUGAAUUUACUGUCAGAAGUCCCCUUAAGAGGGCGGGCCCUGCGGAGAGCAUGGUUCCGCCAGGCAAGACCUUGCGGGGGAGCUUCUCGGCGGGAUUCUCCAUCACGGAGGGUUCUUCUGAAUAUUCCAGGCAUGGUCUCCAGCAACGCCCUGCGUGUGCUCCAGUGGACGGCGGCCUCGGGGGGACUCCCCGCCGACGAGAUCACUUUUGCAAAAAUUCUGCGAGACCAGGGCUACGCCACCGGUCUCAUAGGAAAAUGGCACCUGGGCCUGAACUGCGCCUCCGCGGGCGACCACUGCCACCACCCGCAGGCGCACGGCUUCGACAGCUUCCUGGGGAUGCCCUUCACCAUGAUGGGCGACUGCGCGCAGGCCGAGCUCUCCGAGAAGCGCGUGGCCCUGGAGCGCGCGCUUGGCCUCUGGGUCCAGGUCUCGGCGGUGGCCGCGCUGACGCUGGCCGCGCGCAAGCUGGUCCGGCCCGCCGGCUCCUGGGCGCCCGUCCUGGGGGCAGCGCUGGCCGCCGCCGCGCUCCUGGCCGCCGCGCGCUCCGUGGGCCGCCUGAUCGUGCUCGCCGACUGCUUCCUGAUGAGGAACCGCAGCAUCGCGCAGCAGCCCAUGGACUUGGAGGCGGCCUCGCCUCUCUUCCUCCAGGAGGCCGCCUCCUUUCUGCACAGGAAUAAGCAGCGGCCGUUCCUCCUCUUCGUCUCCUUCCUACACGUCCACGUUCCUCUUGUCACCACCAAAGACUUCCUGGGGCGGAGCCGUCACGGGUUAUACGGGGACAAUGUGGAGGAGAUGGACUGGAUGGUGGGGCGGAUCCUGGACACGGUGGACAAGGAAGGCCUGGCCGAGCGGACCCUGGUCUACUUCACCUCGGACCACGGGGGAUCCUUGGAGUCUCGACUGGGAAGCCACCAGUACGGAGGCUGGAACGGGAUCUACCGGGGUGGCAAAGGCAUGGGCGGCUGGGAAGGGGGCAUCCGCGUGCCCGGCAUCCUCCGGUGGCCAGGGGUGCUGCCCGCCGGCCGCGUGAUCCAAGAGCCCACCAGCCUGAUGGACGUGUUCCCCACCCUGGUCCGGCUGGGGGGCGGCCAGGUGCCCCAGGACAGAGUGAUCGAUGGCCGGGACCUGUGGCCCUUGCUCCUGGGCGCUGCCCCGCACUCGGAGCACGAAUUCCUGCUGCACUACUGCGAGCGCUUCCUGCAUGCGGCCCGGUGGCACCAACGGGACAGAGCCACAGUGUGGAAGGUGCACUUCGCAACCCCAAUUUUCCAGCCCGAGGGCGCGGGAGCCUGCUACGGCAGAGGGGUCUGCCCGUGCUUCGGGGAACAAGUCCGGCAGCAUGACCCGCCCUUGCUCUUUGACCUCUCGAGAGACCCCUCGGAGAGCCGCAUCCUCACGCCCGAGACGGAGCCCCGGUUCCACGAGGUGGUGGGCAGGGUCCAGCAGGCCGUGCAGCAGCACCAGCGGACGCUGAGCCCGGUGCCCCAGCAGCUGGACACCCUGCGGAACGUGUGGCGGCCGUGGCUGCAGCCCUGCUGCGGGCCCUUCCCCCUGUGCUGGUGCCGCGAGGGCGGCGCGCAGUGACCUCUGCGCGGAGGAGCCGCGGACGCUUCCCGCCCGCGGCCACCAGCCACUCCCCGCAUCCAAGAUAAGGUCACAAGGCUCGAGCAACGCUGGACGGAAAGCACCCUCGGGGCCGCGCUGGGCACCAGCGAAGACCCAGGGCCGCCUGCAAUUGGAGGCUGGGGCAGAGGAGGAGGACCGCCCGGGGAGGCCACUGCGGCCCCAGGGCCACCGGAAGGUGCGGCCCGGUGCCAUGGGCGCCAGGCUCCACCCUCAGGACCCCAUCCUGUCCCGAUCCCUUACUGAGGGACCCCAGACCUGACCGCUCUCAGCUCCGCAGGUGCAGCCCAGGUCCAGGCGGGGCAGGCUCGGGGCUGCUGAGGCUGCUUCCUGCUCACAGAUGGCGCUGCUCCUGGUCCUCACAGGGUGGACGGGC